AUGGUACAAGAAACUAAUUUGGAAAAUGACAUGAGCGGGGAAGUGGAACGCCCGCUGCCCAUUGUGGCGGUGGUUGGUCGGCCCAACGUGGGCAAGUCUUCCCUCUUCAACCGCAUCCUUGCCCGCCGCCAGGCCAUCGUGUCCAACGUGGCCGGAACCACCCGCGACCGCUUGAUGUCCGAGGCGGAGUGGGAGGAUUGCCGCUUCAUUCUGGUGGACACCGGCGGCCUGGAGUCAGACCCCGAGGGCCACAUUCGAGAGAUGGUGCAGGAACAGGCCGAUAUGGCCAUGUCCGGCGCCGACGUCAUCGUCUUUGUCACCGACGCGGUCGACGGCGUGACGGCCACCGACCAGGAAAUUGCCGACCGUCUCCGUCGCGCCAGGAAACCUGUCAUCAUGGCCGUCAACAAGGUCGACAACGACGGGCGUGAGGUAGCCGCAUCGGAGUUCUACCAGAUUGGUAUGGCAACGAUAAUGAUCAGCGCCUACCAUAACUACGGUAUCUACGACCUGAUGGACCGGGUCAUAUUCCACCUGCCCGUUCCUCCUUACGUGCCCCCGGUCGUGGAGGAGGAUGACUGGGGCGAGGGCUCCGAGAACGAGCCGGAGACGGAGCUGGAAAGGCAGAUCUCAUCUAUGUCCAAGGAGAUGCGGCUGGCCAUCGUGGGACGCACCAACGUGGGCAAAUCGAUGCUGCUGAAUGCCGUCCUGGGGGAGGAUCGGGCCAUUGUCAGCAACGUGGCCGGCACCACCCGCGAUGCUCUCGAUACCCAGAUGAACUACCGGGACCGGCCUAUCACACUGAUAGAUACCGCUGGCAUCCGGCGGCCCGGGCAAGUGCAGCCCGGCAUCGAGAAGUACAGCGUGAUGCGCUCCGUGGCCGCGGUUAACCGCAGCGAUAUCACCCUCUUGGUCACCGACGCCACGGAACUGGCUACCGCCCAGGACGCCCACAUAUCCGGCCUGGCUUGGGAAAUGUGCCGGGGCAUCAUCGUAGUCAUAAACAAGUGGGACAUGAUAAACGAAUCUGACCGCUUCGCCCGUGAAGAGGCCAUAGCCAAGGUUCAGGACCGGCUUCACUUCAUGCCCUACGUGCCAAUCUGCUUCACCUCGGCCCUUAACCGGCAGGGCAUCACCACCGUAAUGAACACCGCUUUUGAGCUUUGGGAAGAGCGGAUGCGCUGGAUUCCGGGGCGGGACUUGCAAUACCUGCUGGCCGACGCGUUAACCGAUCACAACCCGCCGCCGGUCAAGGCCAAGGGAGUUCGCCGGGGAGAGUUCCUGCGCAUCAACCGGGUCAACCAAGUGGGUGUGAACCCCCCCACAUUUCUUUUUACCUGCAACAACCCCAGGCUGGUGCAUUUCACCUACCAGCGUUACCUGGAGAACCGGAUUCGCGAUAAGUUCCGCUUCGACCACACGCACCUGAAGCUGGUGUUUCGCAACCGAUGA